AUGCGUGACCUUCUCAAAACCUCGAAAAACGAAUCUUCCAACCACACGAGCGAUCAAGAGUCGGACGAAGAAGACUCGCCCGAAGAUGGACCUGAGGGCGGAGAAAGCAGGCUCGAUAGAACCACCACUGCAGAGCAGUCGAGCAAUAACAGCAACACAAAAAUCGAAUGCCGACCAGUGAUCCUCUUGGGUCCUGCCGAGAACGACAUUAUCGAUCGUGGCGUUAUCACACCCCAACAAGCUGAGGAAUUGAUGGGUGUUUGGAGAAACGACCUGGUAAACUCUUGUCCUGGGAUUACCAUACCAAAACACUGGACAGCGAACGAUCUGCGGGCAAACAAGCCGGCUUUGUUCCACGCGGUUAUGGCAGCUGCCGCGCACUCAUACGGAUCCCAGAUAUCCGAUAAGUUGCACGAGGAAGCUGUCUACCUCUAUGCUCGAUCUGCAUUCAUUAAUGGCGAGAAAUCGAUAGAAAGCAUACAGGCGAUGAUGGUCACCGUGGCCUUCUACUCGCCACCAAAAAAACCUGGACAACUACAGAUUUAUCAAUGGGUCAAUAUGGCCGCAUCCAUGGCAUUAGAACUGGGUCUUGCGUCGAAGCCAAGAACACAUGAGCAGCUACCCAAGCGAGCGAUCAGGUCACUGCAGAAAAUCUCCUCACCGGAAGAGCUACUCGAACAUUGCCGGACUGUACUCAAUCUCUACAUCAUUAGCGCUGGGUUCUCAAUGCGCUUGAAACGACCGAAUAUUCUACUGUUCAACAGCUGGAUGGAAGAGUGUGUCGUCAUGCUCGAAAGGUCAAAAUUACUCGACGACAGGCGCACCAUUGCCUGGCUCAAGUUGCAACGAAUCGCAGACGAAGCCAAUACAGCAUUUGGCUUCGACGAUGCUAGUACAAGCUUCAGCCUCUCCGAGUUGCGUAUGCAAAUCAUCUUACGAAUCUUCGACCGGCGAAUGCACGACUGGAAAAAGUCUGUACCCGAGGAAGUCAUGACUGUUUUUCUCGAGAUUGAAUUCCACCAGAACAAACUUUCGAUGUGGGAGUUUGGUAUGGAUGGAGGUCGAUACGACGUGACCGAGUUUAGAAAUCGACAUCUAACACUUCCAGCGCUGGACGAUGACUCUGUACAACCGGAAUCUCUAUUAUCAAGGUCUGCGUUGCAAAUCAACGCAACGACAAAAUGCAUCGGCGCCGCGCACAACAUCCUCGACUGCUUUAUCCAAAUCCCCAUCGAGCGCCUGCAAAAAGCCCCCAAUGUCCUCUUCGUCCGCGCAAUCUACGCCCUCGUCGCCCUCAUGAAAGCCGACUAUGCCGUCGGCACAGACGCAGACAUGAGCGAGAUCCUUGAGUCGAAGAGCCUCAAAGUCGACUUCUAUCUUGCCAUUGUGCUCGCGCGAACCUCUGAAGCCAUGGGCCCGAAAAAAUGCAGAAUCCCAAGUCACUGGACAUUUGUGCUGGAGGCCAAGCUCAAGUCCUGGCGCGACGAAUACACACAAUGGCGAGAAGAAGAUCGGCACCUCAAGCGGAGGAAAGUCAACAAUGAGGAUGAGGCUGGCGAGAAGACGCCGACGUUCGCCCAACCUGCCGCUUCGUCAACGGGCGCGCCUCUCGAGCAACCUAGUACCCAGAUGCCGGGUCAGAAUUUCACUGUGAAUAACCCGUAUCCGGCCUGGAAUCCGCUGGAUACUACUGCGACAGCGGGCCAGAUUGGCGAGUUCACUCCAGAUAUGGGCGACUUUAGCGCGGCUUUUCAAAAUGGCGACUUGUAUCUCUGGAACGAUAUGACGGCGGAUUCCUUUGGUGGAUGGGUGCCUCAGAGCGGGAUGUACAGCGGGAUGGAGUUUGGGGGGUUGAAUGGGCAGGGUUUCUAG